CCCAUCUCAAGUCAACUCCACUCGCACCAGCAGACAAUUGCCGUCAAAGCAAUGGUAGUCCUCGAAGUGUCGUUUGCCGCUGCAGCCUCAUCAGUAGUGCGAUGGAUCCUCAUGCUCGGGGGCCUGAUGGCGGCGGCGGCGCUCCUGUGGCAGGCCGGGCGUCUGCUGCGCCUGCUGUGGUGGCAGCCCCGGCGGCUGGAGCGGGCGCUGCGCGCGCAGGGCGUCCGCGGCACGUCGUACCGCUUCCCCGCCGGCGACCUCAAGGAGUACGGCCGGCUGGCGAAGGAGGCCUGGUCGAAGCCCCUGCCGCUGCGGUGCCACGACACCGCGCCGCGAGUCGCGCCGUUCCUGCACCGGCUGGUCCUGGAGCACGGGAGGACGAGCAUGUCCUGGUUCGGCCCCAGCCCCAAGGUGACCAUCGUCGACCCGGAGCUGGCCAAGGACGUGCUGUCCAACAAGUUCGGCCACUUCGAGAAGCUCAAGGUCCCGGCGCUGUCCAAGAUGCUGGGCUCCGGCGUGGCCAGCCACGAGGGCGAGAAGUGGGUCAAGCACCGGAGGAUCCUCAACCCUGCGUUCCAUCUUGAGAAGCUCAAGCGCAUGCUGCCGGCGUUUUCUGCGUGCUGCGAGGAGCUGGUGAACAGGUGGGCGGCGGAGUCCCUUGGCUCCGACGGCUCGUGCGAGCUGGACGUCUGGCCGGAGCUGCAGAACCUGACGGGAGACGUCAUUUCUCGCACCGCUUUCAGCAGCAGCUACCGCGAAGGGAGAAGGAUCUUCCAGCUACAGGCCGAGCAAGCUUCGCUUGUCAUGACCAACAUUCGGAAGAUCAUGAUGAUCCCCGGUUACAUGUACUUGCCUACCGCGAACAACAGGAAGAUGCGCAGGAACAACAGGGAGGUGGAGUCAAUCCUGCGAGAGAUAAUCGGGAAGAGAAUCCAGGCGAUGGAACGAGGCGAGGGCACCAAAGACGACAUGCUGGGUCUACUGCUGGAGACAAACAUGAGAGACGACAUGGGGAUGACGAUCGAAGACGUGAUCGAGGAGUGCAAGGUGUUCUACUUCGCGGGGAUGGAGACCACGUCGGUGCUGCUCACGUGGACGAUGGUGGUGCUCAGCAUGCACCCGGAGUGGCAGGACCGCGCGAGGGAGGAGGUGACGGCUCUGUUCGGCAGGGACGACAAGCCCGAGUACGACGGCCUAAGCCGCCUCAAAGUCGUGACCAUGGUGCUCUACGAGGUGCUCCGGCUGUACCCGCCGGCCACGUCCGUUGUCCGGCAAACGUACAAGGAGAUGGAGGUCGGAGGCGUCACCUACCCCGCCGGCGUGAUCCUGGAGCUGCCCGUGCUGCUCAUCCACCACGACCCGGACAUCUGGGGAGGCGACGCGCGCGAGUUCAGGCCCGACAGGUUCUCCGACGGCGUGUCCAGGGCCUCCAAGGACCCCGGCGCGUUCCUCCCAUUCGGCUGGGGCCCGCGCAUCUGCAUCGGCCAGAACUUCGCGCUGCUAGAGGCCAAGAUGGCGCUCUGCAUGAUCCUCCAGCGCUUCGAGUUUAGGCUCGCGCCGUCGUACACUCAUGCGCCGCAUACUGUGAUAACCUUGCAUCCUAUGCACGGUGCACAGCUUAAGCUCAGAGCAAUAUGAUCUCGACAUGAUGUCCCAUCGUGUCGAUGCCAGUGUUACGUACAUGUAUAUGUAUAACCUUACAAUUCAGAUAGGCAUUCGGCCUUGUUAAUGCCUGAAAUAAAUAUCUUCGUGUUGGCAUUUUGUGAUGUGCUUUUCACGUACCA